AAUGAUGAUAUUGAAACAGAUAUUAACAAAUUAAAACCCCAGCAAGUACCAGGACGAACAAUAGAAGAACUGAAAAUGUAUGAACACCUCUUCCCUGAGCUUGUUGAUGAUUUUCAGGACUAUGACUUAAUCUCUAAAGAACCCAAACCUUUUGUGUUUGAGGGGAAAGUGCGAGGUCCCAUUGUUGUUCCCACAGCUGGAGACGAAGCAUCUGGGAAUUCAGGUAGUGUAAGGAAAGGCACGGUCAUGAAGGAGAAAGGAGAGGACUCCAGGGAAGAUGGCAAGGGCAGCAGCAGGACACUGCCGCCGCAGCUCGGUGCUCAGAACACAGCUGCCUCUCCAGCCCACAACGACCUUGUGAAGGCCUUGGACCGCAUCACCCUGCAGAGUCUCCCUUCACAAGCGGUGGGGCUGAGGAAGGAGUAUGGUCUCCCUCUCACGGUCCUCUCCUGCACAAAAGUGUGUGCACAUGCGGCUACGUGUGGAAGUAUUCUUUUUGAGGGGCGGACAGUACAGCUUGGGAAGCUAUGUUGUACUGGAGUUGAGACGGAAGAUGAUGAAGAUACUGAGUCCAGCUCCUCAAUAGAACAGGUUUCUGUGGUUGAAGGUGCCAAUGGAUCAACUCUCCAUGACCCAGAACUGUAUAUUGAGGUUGUGAAAAAUACCAAGUCUGUUCCAGAGUAUUCAGAAGUGGCUUAUCCUGAUUAUUUUGGUCACAUUCCUCCUCCCUUCAAAGAGCCUAUUGUAGAAAGGCCUUACGGUGUACAAAGGACAAAAAUUGCCCAAGAUAUCGAGAGGCUGAUACACCAGAACGAUAUCAUAGACCGGGUGGUGUAUGACUUAGAUAACCCUAACUAUGCCCUACCAGAAGAAGGAGAAUUUUUGAAGUUUAACUCAAAAUUUGAAUCUGGGAAUCUGCGCAAAGUAAUUCAAGUUAGAAAAAGCGAGUAUGAUCUCAUUCUGAACUCAGAUAUCAACAGUAACCAUUACCAUCAGUGGUUCUACUUUGAAGUCAGUGGGAUGCGGCCAGGUGUUGCGUACAGGUUCAACAUCAUCAACUGUGAGAAGUCCAACAGUCAGUUUAAUUAUG